AUGGAGGCCAGAAACGAUAUCCCUCUUCGAUCUGUCUCGCCGGUCUCGCCGGUCUCGCGAGAGACGCUCUUUCAUGAAGCCAAUAACACAUAUCAUUCCGAUGAACAUGAAAUACCGUCGUAUGACGCAACAAGGGGGGAUGCGCUUCCACCUUACGAGCGGAGAAAUCUGGUCAAAUUGGACUCUACGCCGCUAAGUCGGAAUAUCUAUAUCCUGAUUCCUACUGCAAUUUACACGUGCAUGGCCCUCUAUUCCUGGGUGACCUUCUGCCUUCUUUCGCAGGCAGGCGACUUAGUUACCAAUGAGCAUAACACCAAGCUCACUCAAUACAAAGCCGCACGCGUCUUCCAAAUCAUUACAAGCGUCGCAACAAUUCCGAUUAUUUCCCUCGUUUGCGCGUGGGCUUCUGCUGUCUAUGUGCAAAACCAGCGUGAUGCUCACAGUCUACGUUUGCGCCAGGUCAUGACCCUAGCAGAUCGUGGUUGGAUGAAUCCUCUCACCUGGUGUCGUUUGCUGUUCCACCCUUCCGGAUUUAAGCGCUAUGGCAGUGCGCUACUCGUCCUGGCUAUCUUUAUGCAUAUUAUCGGCGCGAUUACUUAUCCGAUUCAGUCUCUAUUUCUCUCACAUCGCCUUGUCUAUGUUGAGCCAGUUAAAGGGUGGGGUGACCACAAUUAUUAUCCCAGCCAAUUGUCGGGGAAAAGCAUACAACAAUUCCUGGGCGAGCCUGUCUCUAUAACCCCCAUUUUGUCAUUGCGUAAUGCGCUACAAGUAGACGGGAUAAAUGGCUUCCAGAGCCAGCUCUGGGGGGAUACCGGUGUGCUGAGCGAGAUCAACCCCGACACCAACUGGUUUUCAGAGCUACCUAACAAUUUCAGCACUGGCCUAUACCCUGACCAAUAUAUUCCGAGAGUAAACUCUUCCGUCAGCAUUCAGAAUAUGACAGCGGGUGAAUUUCCAUCCAAUUGCUCCGAAAUGCAAGACUGGUUCUACGCUUUUUAUACGUACCCCAAUAGCUAUCUGAACUUGACCCUGGAAGUUUGCUUGCCGGUAAACGGGUCUCAGUCUCCAUGGAAGGGCACUGACGGGCGCCAGGACUUUUCCGAGGUGUUAUAUGUUAACCCAAAUUUCCAAAACUUAGCACACGGUUUUGUCAACGCCACUCCCUUCAUAGUCACUAUGAACACGACCGCAGGUGCAUUCAAGUUGCCAAGUAUCAUGACAAAUCAGGAAUCGGGUCCACUAGAUGCGAACUCGUCGCUAUGCUUGGGCUAUCUCUGCAACGGGAGGGGAUAUCCUCGCCAGGACGUUAACCGCUUUGAAGCAGCUCUUCCGGGCCCCCUUACCAUGAUAGCUCUGGCCCUUUUUGGACCCGGCUCAUUUACCGACACGCAACAAAAUGCGACCGAUACCAAUUACCUUCAUACGAACGACACUGGAUGGAACCAGUAUUUUGACAGAGUAUCGUAUUAUGAACCAAUUCCACUCGAAAAUCUGGGACUCAAACCACCCAUUGAGGGCAACCUUGCAAUCGAAACAUUGAUGAUGGCCUUUUCUUACAACCAAAACCUGGAAGCCACCACUUCAGCCUUCACACAGGCCAGCUUUUUAGCCAUCAAAGCCAUGUUUGACUCUUAUUCUUAUGGCCAUUUCACGAUAUUUUACAGUUCUUCUGCCAUAGAACAGAUAUCUAUUCCGUCAAUGCCCCUCGGAGGUCUGAUCGCCGGCUCUAUACUGUUGGCACUGUAUAUCAUCCCAUUGCUGUGCCUGGCACUCUAUUCUGCAGCCACCCCUCGCUGGACCCAUACCCUGGACGCCUUUACCAUGUUACGUAUGGGCGCCGCGUUUGGUCAGGAACAUCUACCAUUCCUCGUUGGAAAGAGUACGAGAGGAAUCACGGCCCUGGACGACUUACCUGGCGUGGUCAGGGAUAUCUCGGGCCCAGAUGAUAAAGUCAGACAAUUGGCGCUUGGUGUUGGGGGGGCGCCUCUGCAAGCAUCGAAACACUACUUGGCUUAUCCAGGAAAUGACCAUCGCCGCCUAUAA